ACACACACACACACACACACACACACAGGAAAGUAGUGAUCGUGCGACAAUCUGCGAUACACUUGUGAAGAAUGGCAGCUCAGCGGCUUUUCAAUGUCAGGCGUCAGUUUGUGGAUGGUGUGACAGCCCCAGUUAUAAAGGAUCUCCUGAAUGACCUUUUAGCCGAUGGAGUCUUGAAUGAAAGAGAGCGAGACUCUGUGUUGGAGGAGAGGCGUGCCAGAGCAGACCAGGCAGAAUGUCUGAUAGACAUGGUGAGGAAGAAAGGAAACGAAGCCAGUCAAAAGCUGAUCGAUCACCUGAAGACCAGAGACUCUAAACUUCACCCUGUUCUGUUUCCAUCCGCUGACCAAGAGGCGAUCAGCAGCUUUCAGGGCUCGCCGCAUGCUUGUGGACAGGAUCUCAACCCCUGUUAUGGCGAAUCUCUUGGAUCACCUUUUGGAUGA